AUGGCUGAGCGGACCGCUUCCUCGCGGCGGUCGCGGCCGUCUAGUGAGGAUGCUGUCGGGAAUUUUGUGAUCGAGAAGGAGAUAGGGAAAGGGAGCUUUGCCCAGGUAUACUCUGGGCGCCACAAGGUCACUGGCGCACUGGUUGCCAUCAAGUCCGUCGAGCUCACGCGGCUGAACAAGAAGCUGAAGGAGAAUCUCUAUGGCGAGAUCAAGAUCCUCAAGCGCCUACGGCACCCCCACAUUGUGGCUCUCCACGACUGCGUCGAGUCUGACUCGCACAUCAACCUCAUCAUGGAAUACUGCGAACUCGGGGACCUGUCGCUUUUCAUCCGGAAGCGUGACAAACUCAUUACAAAUCCGGCCACCCACGAGUUGGCCCGCAAAUACCCCGUCGCGCCCAACUCGGGGCUCAACGAGGUCGUCAUCCGUCACUUUUUGAAACAACUGACUAGCGCGACUAGGUUUCUGCGCGAAGCAAACCUCAUCCACCGCGAUGUCAAGCCUCAGAACCUACUCCUACUACCUUCUCCACAAUACCGCGAGGCCAACAAGAUGCGGAAGCAAAUCCUCAGCGCCAGCCACGAUUCGCUCACCCCUGCCGUCGGUCUGCCUUCGCUCCCCAUGCUGAAGUUGGCCGACUUUGGCUUCGCUCGAGUUCUCCCCUCAACUUCCCUCGCCGAGACGCUGUGCGGCUCGCCAUUAUACAUGGCUCCCGAGAUCCUCCGGUAUGAACGGUACGACGCCAAGGCUGAUCUGUGGUCCGUGGGCACUGUGCUGUAUGAGAUGAUAACGGGAAAGCCGCCCUUCCGCGCACGUAACCAUGUGGAGCUGCUUAGGAAGAUCGAGGCUGCUGAGGAUGACAUCCGGUUUCCGCGAGAAAGCGUUGUCAGCUCUGAACUGAAGGGUCUGACUCGAGCCCUGCUGAAGCGGAACCCGGUCGAGCGGAUAAGCUUUGAGGACUUGUUCAGCCAUUCCGUUAUUACGAAUCCCAUCCCCGGCCUUGUGGAAGACGACAUACCGAAGCCGGAGACCUUGCCCAUGGCUGAGGCCAGAUCCCCGAACGGGAAUGAAGGCGGAGGCUCGGUGUUAUCUCGUAGACCAUCUCUCCGGCGGCAUAUCGCGGACCAGGAGCAGGGGCGUGAACACGGUGUCCCGCCAUCCUCUAAGCCGCGCCGUUCAUCACCCCUGGCGACACCCAUUGAAACGAAGCCAAAUCCGUUGGAGCAACGAGUCCCUAGCCCCCAGUUGAGCUAUUCCCCUCGACAAGAGACGGAGGAAGGUCUGGGGAUACGCCGACCUGGCGUACAACCGUCGACCUCGGCGCCUGUCAGACCCAUUUCAUACGUGGACCGAAACCGCCGAUACUCGAAUGCGUCCCCGCGGCCACCGAUCCGCGACGACCAGUUUCCGCCGCAGUCUGCGGCCAGUCGAGUCCUCACAGAUGAGGACCAUGCGGCGGAAGACAUUGCGUUUGAGCGCGAGUACGUGGUUGUCGACAAGAAACAGGUUGCCGUCAACGCUCUCGCCGAUCAGAUCUCGGAGGCUCAGGCCCUGGCACAGUCGCCCAAGUCCGGCCAAAUUGUCCGGCGGGCCACGCAGCAAGGAAACCCGACCUCGACGACGGGUGCUGUUCCGAGUCACUCGUCACGCGGCUCACCCGGGCGAGGCGAUCAUUACCGGAAAGCCUCGUACGACAAGGCGCUCUCCAGGAGCCCUGGGGCCGCGACGUCGGUGAUCUCCAAGGCUAUCCAAGACGCCAGUCUCCGCUUAUUUGGGUUCAAGUAUUCGCCACAGUUGCUGAACAAGGGGCAGUCACCCCCACCGCAGAUGUACAGCCCAUUCCCAGCGUACCCCACGCCCACCGCCCCGGCGGGUCUGAUUACAGACGGCAAGCAAAGCGCCCCCGUCGAUGAGGACUCCCGGGUUGCCCAGUGCAUCGAGGACUAUGCUACGCGGAGCGACGUUGUAUACGGGUUUGCCGAAGUCAAGUACAAGCAACUGAUCCCGCUAGCUCCCUCGAUCGAGCACGGCCUAGGGGGUGUCCCAGCCGACAGGAUGGGCGAGGAGGAAGAGGGCCUCACCAUGGACGCGGUGGUCUCGCUGUCGGAGGAGGCUCUCGUGCUGUACGUCAAGGCGCUGUCCUUGCUCGCCAAGUCGAUGGACAUUGCCAGUCUCUGGUGGUCUCGCAAGAACCGGGCGGAGUCGUCGAGCAACACCAGCAGUGGGCAUUCCGCCACGCGUGACUCAGUCAAUACGCAGGCGCUUGCGUUGAAGAUCAACGCGGCAGUUCAGUGGAUCCGGGGGCGGUUCAACGAAGUACUGGAGAAGGCUGAAAUUGUUCGCCUGAAGCUCAUUGAGGCCCAGAAGCAGCUGCCGGAGGAGCACCCUUCCCACCCGAGCAAUCACCCGGGCGAGGCGAGCGCCAUCAGCGGUUCGGGAGCUGAGGGUGUGUUCCUCUCGGCCGGGAUCAGCGCUGAGAAGCUGAUGUAUGACCGGGCCGUCGAGAUGAGUCGCACAGCAGCCAUCAACGAGAUUGCGAGCACGGAUCUCGAGGGGUGCGAGAUUUCGUACGUCACCGCGAUUCGCAUGCUCGAGGCGGUGCUGGAUAACGACGACGACCACCUUCCGAAGCGGCGCGUGUCGUCAUCGUCCAAAGAAGAGCCGCCGGUCGCUGCUCAAGACGCGGCGAGCGAAAUGAGCGGCGACGACAAGCAGACAGUGCAGAAAGUGGUACAAAUGAUCAACACCAGACUGACCAGUCUGCGAAAGAGGGUGCAAAUGAUUGAGGCGGCUGAGAAAGCUCAGCAACAACAGCAGCAAUAUCAGCAACAGAUCGCCAUGCGGCGACUUAGCGGGGACGCCACACCACGGAGCGUGCCCGCAUGA